AUGAUUCGCAAGGGUGCCAACCUGGGCAGGCGGCCCAAGGCCCGCACCAAGAUCACCAUCAAGCCGUUCAAGGUCAAGCCGACGCUGCCGGCCAACUACUUUGACGAGUCGUGGAACAAGCUCCGGACGGCGGUAGCGUCUAUCUACGGCAACUCGGGCGCUGGCGGGUCGUCGUUGGAGGAGCUGUACUCGCUUGUGGACAAUCUGUGCUCGUACAAGCAUGCCGCGGAGCUGCACACCAAGCUGAUGGCGGAGCUGGAGUCAAUCCACGUGCGGAUGGGCGCCGAGCUUGCCGCGCGAGCGCGCGAGCUGGACGGCCCGCGGCUGCUGUCGGCCAUGGACGGGGUGUAUACACAGGCUGCGGAGCAUCUGCUGCUUGUGCGGCAGGUCUUCCUGGUGCUGGACCGAUCGUAUGUCAUUGCGACGCCGCGGCUGACGUCGCUGUGGGCAUCAGGCCUGGCGCUCAUCCGCAAGCACGUUCUUGCCGCCCACCCGGCGCUGCUGUCUGGGGUGGUCGGAGCCCUGGUCGACGGCAUCACGGCGGAGCGGUCGGGGCAUGCUGUCGACAGCGAGAUUGUGGUGCGGCUGGUGCAGAUGCUGGUGGCGCUGCAGCUGUACGAGGAUCACGUUGAGGCCAAGUUUGUCGACGCGACGGCGGCGUUCUACGCGCAGGAGGGCGGGGUCAAGCUGGCGCAGCUUGGCCUGCCGAGCUAUCUGGCGCAUGUGCAGGCGCGUAUUACUGAGGAGAGUGAGCGGCUGACGCGGUACGGGACGGUGGCGUUGUCUGGAGAGCGUGUGCUGGCGCUUGUGGACGAGCAUCUGAUCCGAGCCAACGUGGAGGUUGUGCUGGAGCAGGGUGGGCUGAGCGAGCUGCUCAACGCGAGCAUGCAUGAGCCACUGGCGACUCUGUACGGCCUGCUGGGGCGGGUGAGCGCACUGCCUGCGCUCUGCACCGCGAUCCGCGGGUAUGUCGAGAGUACCGGGACGGCGAUUGUGUCGGAUCCGGCCAAGGACAAGGGCAUGGUCGAUGCGCUCAUCGAGCUGCACACGCGGGUGCUUGCGGUCGUCGAGGGGCCGUUUCAGAACAACCCCGACAUCGGUUACGCGCUCAAGGAUGCGUUUGAAAAGUUCAUCAAUGUGCGGCAGAACCGCCCGGCGGAGCUCAUUGCAAAGUACAUGGACAAGCUGCUCAAGUCGUCGGCGGGCAAGGGCUCGGACGAAGACGUGUUGCUGGGCAAGCUCGAUGCUGGCCUCGCGCUUUUCCGAUUUGUCUCGGGCAAGGAUGUGUUCGAGGCGUUUUACAAGAAGGACCUGGCCAAGCGCCUGCUGCUGGGCAAGUCUGCGUCGGCCGACGCCGAAAAGGCCAUGGUGGCGCGGCUGCGCGACGAGUGCGGCUCGACCUUUGCCAACAAGCUCGAGGGCAUGAUGAAGGACAUCGAGCUCUCGCGCGAGCUCAACGCGUCGUGGAGCGAGGGCGGGAGCGCGGCGUCGGUUGCUAUGUUUGCGCACGUCCUCACCAUGGGCUUCUGGCCGACGUACCCCGAGCACACGGUCCUUCUCCCGCCGGAUAUGGCUGGCCACGUCGACGACUUUGAGGCCUUUUACAAGACCAAGCACUCGGGCCGCAAGCUCAAGUGGCAGCACUCGCUGGCGACGGUCUCGCUCGGCGCCGUCUUUCCGUCGGCCGGCAAAAGGUGCUGGCCGUCUCGCUCUUCCAGGCCCUUGUCCUGCUGCUGUUCAACGACAGCGACUCGCUGCCUUUUGCCGACAUCAAGAAGGCGACCCAACUGGACGACAAGGAACUGGUGCGAACGUUGCUCUCACUGUGUGCAGGCAAGCCCAAGACCCGCGUCCUGCUCAAGAGCCCCAAGGGCAAGUCUAUCGGCCGCGACGACGUCUUCUCCUUCAACGCCGCCUUUGCCAACCCGCUGUUCAAGAUCAAGAUCAACCAGAUCCAGAUCCGCGAGACCAAGGCCGAGGCCGCGUCGACCAAGGCCCGCGUCUUCCAGGACCGCCAGUACCUCAUCGACGCAGCCAUUGUCCGCGUCAUGAAGUCGCGCAAACGCCUCACCCACCCGCUACUCAACGUUGAGGUUCUCAAGCAGCUCCGCUUUGACGUCUCCUCGGGCGACUUUAAGAAGCGCGUCGAGUCGCUCAUCGACCGCGCCUACCUUGCCCGCGACGAAGCCGAUCGCACCACCUACGUGUAUCUCGCCUGAGCGGACGCGAAAUGAAAGCAGGCCAACCGGU